GCGGGAGUCUCUUCGUGACGUCACCCGGAUCCGGCUCAGUCGCUUCCUCCACGCUCUUUCACCGUGAGCCACUGACAACAACUUUUUAAAACCAUCUAUUUAUACACAUUUCUCACAUUUCAACGACUUGUGUGCGCGUGAAGACGGUAUAGAAGGUUUACAAGUACAGUUAGCGCAUGUUUAUGUGGCGUGGAUGACAUUUGAGUCUGCUGGAGGAAGAGGAAGAAGACGACUAUGAAACGGUUAAGCAGAGGAGCGCAGAGCCGAGGACUGUGACAGCUCCUGCCCGAAAAACACACCUCAAACCCGGGCAAAACCGAGCCGAAGUGACGCCAUGCCGCGGAGGAAGCAGUCCAACCCGCAGCCUGUCAAACUGGGUGUGCAGCUGCCUGACGCUCCGUUGGUGGUGGACCCCAACUGUCUGGUGCUGGACAGUGACUUCCUGUUGAGUGGAGACCUGGAGUUUGGAGAUUCUGACAUCAUGGGCCUUGACAAAGACUCAGUGACAGUGUUUUCUCUGAGUGUGGAGGAGGACUCUUCUGUGCCUGCCGACGCCUCCCUCUCCUUCUUCUCUUGUAAACGCUGCGGAAAACUGCUUCCCGACUCCCUGCUCGCCACUGGGAUCCAUCUAGGAGUCGGUUUGGAUCUAUCUUCAGACCUGUACUGCCUCAGCUGUGAAGAGGACCUUCAGUCUCCUCUGUCUACUCCAAAACAGGUCAAAACUGGCAGGAAAAAAAAGCAAAAUGGCAAAAACAAUUCACCAUCGAAACUGUACUCCUGCUCACUGUGUUCGUUCACGUCACGAUACUCAAACCAUCUCAAACGCCACACACGAAUCCACGAGGGACAAAAGCCGUUCCGCUGUGGUGUUUGCUCAUACGCGUCGACUCAGUUAGUGAAUUUACAGCGGCACCUCCGAUCUCACACAGGAGAAAAACCGUACUGGUGCGAGACAUGCAACUAUGCCUGUAGUUCACACAGCAACCUGAGGAGGCACCAGAGGACACACGCCACCGAGCAGAAGAGAAAAAACACGACAGCGGGGAAACGAGCGAAGAAGAGGAAGAGCGAGGAAGAGGAGGAAGUAGUUUCUACCCUCACUCUAUCCCAAUCAGGGUUCCUGUCUCUGGGUUCUCUUGAAUCGUCCUCCCCUCUCCCAGCUCUACUCUUCCCAGUGCUCUGCAGAAUCUGUGGAAAAACUCUGGAGGAGGAGGAGGAUAUCCAGAACGAGAGAGGAGACAUGGACACUGAGGGACAGGUUUGUCGCCGCUGCUCCUCUGAGUCCUCCCCCUCCUCAACAUCUCGUCCACGCCGAAAAACCUCCAAAAACAAACUUUACCGCUGUUCAUUGUGUCCUUUCUUUUCUCACUAUCCUUACCACUUAACCCGACACCUUUUAACCCACAACUCCACUAAGUCUCACCGCUGCCCCCACUGUUCAUAUGCAUCAUCGCAUCAGGACAAUCUUAGGCGCCAUCUUAGGGUCCACACGGGAGAGAAACCAUUUGCUUGCUCGACUUGUAGCUACGCGUGUGGGAAUUUGGCAAAUUUAAAACGUCAUGAGAGAGUUCACACGGGAGCGAAACCGUUCCACUGCUUUGUUUGUGGAUACAGCUGCAAUCAAAGCAUGAAUUUAAAGCGCCACAUGCUACGACAUACCGGAUAUAAGCCUUACGAAUGCGAAGAAUGCAGCUACACCACCGGACACUGGGAUAACUACAAGAGGCAUCAACGAAAACACGGACACAAUACGGAAAACUGGGAUAAGACAAAGUAUAAAACAAAAUCCGAAACACUAAAUAUUGGAAAUGAAAAUGUGGAUUCUAUAGAAAACUCGUCACUCGAUAUGGAAUGAAACCAAAACUAUACUCUAAAAGGGGAACGUUAACACAAGUUUACAUAAGGUGCAUUAUGUAACUUUUCCAGUGGAGGGUCUCUAUGUAGGUUUAAUUGCUUUGGUUGGAAUGUUCCACACUUGUUUAGCUUGCUUUUAUUCAAUUCCAGGUGUUUUUUAUUGCUUAAUUAAAGGAGGUUUGCAUCCUUACUGUGAGCAGUCGCCUCUCCACAGAUUUAACAUGUAAUUUAGCCUUGUGAUGUCAAAAUGCCAUACUGUGGAACAAUUGCAGGAAGAAUAUCGGCAGCUAUCAGUGAACAAUACAAAAAAUAUAUAUAGCCAAAAUAACAUCUCUAUGGAGAGAUGCAAAUGGCAGAUUACCCACCAGAAAAAGUUACCCAGUGCACCUUUAAAAAUCGACAGCAUUGACUAUUAAAAUGGCUUUAUACAUUAUAUGAUAUAGCUGUAAUCCAUUGAAGAUUUAAUUUACUGUAACUCUGUGCCUUUGACUGCUCCACUGUUUAACCCUGAAACUUUAUAUUUUAAUACCUUGACUAAAGCCAAUCAGAAGAAGCCAUUUCCUCAACAUGAAAUGCUCUACAUUUACCUGUUCAGCCAGAACCACAUGUCUUGAAAGAAAUUACAAAGACAAGUGGGUCUGCAACCAUAUCAUGUCUCGCUGAUUCCAGAGGCUGUGAUUGGUAAGCGGUUUAACCAAUCAGAGAGAUGCAUGGUCUGUUGUGGUAAAAACCAACAUGGCGACUGUUGAAAAAAGGUAAAAAAAAAAACAGGACUGAGAAACAGCUCAGAUUUCUGCAGAAUCAACAUCCAAAGCCCCAAUCUCUUCUCAGGUAAAAGAACUUCUAUAUUUUGUUCUGAAUGAUACAAGAAUUUUCAAGAGAUGUCUUCUGCAUGCGAGAGACAUGAUAGAAAAGCCCUGCUGUGGUUGGACCAUCUCAAGUCAGGUCGGAGGUUUGUCAUGCUCUGUGGGCAGAUUUCAGCUCCUUCUAGAGUUGAACAGAAUGUAGAAGGGACUUUAUCUGGCCCACACUAGACUGAUAUGUGUAGCACUCUAAAAUGGUUCUACACGUUAUCCAUCUGGGAUGGCUCUCCCUGAAUGUGAACAUCAUGAUGGUUAUUAGAAUCUGAUUGGUUGGAGCGUCAUAACAGCAGAACAAGCCGAAAAAUCAAACUUCUGUUACAUCCAGUCGAGAGAAAAGCAUAGACAUCCUCCCUGUCCACAAAUGCACAAAGAGCUUCCUCUGCAUGUUUUUCACUAAAUGCUCCGUAUUGAUGCAAAAACAGACUGAAGUACGUCUGUCGGCAUUGCCACAUUUGUUUUGUUUUGAUUUCCUUGGGCGUUUGGUGUUUGGCUUCUGCACAGACCUCAGUACUCCUGUGAUUGGUCCACCCUCUGGAUUAACCUUACAUCCCUCAAGAUGGAUUCUCAUGAGCUUGUGAACUCACAAAUAUCUUGAGAAUCCUUGUGUAAUGUUAGUAGAGACUGGCCAGUCAGGCAGGCCACUACUGCUUCGUAAUGUUAUUUUUUUAAUUUGGGAAAUUGGUAGAAGUAUUUUUGCAGGGAAAAUAAAAUGUAUUUUUGUCAGUUUUAUUUGAAAUUAUCUUUGGGAUUUCCAUUUGUUAAAUGAAGAGGGUUUGAAGUGAAUUACAAUAAACAUUUACUGU